ACAAGCUUGGCACGGAUGGUCACUCUCUUGCACUGAUGUCUGACGCUGUCAGAGGUCCAGUGGCCACAUUUGAGAGGGACGCACCGCACGAGUAGGUUGUCCUCAACGCAGCAUAGAUAGAACAAACUAAUGUAACUCCUCCAAGGGUCAAAUGAGUAGCAGACCUAUUUCUUCUCAUCGCAGUUUGUAAUUCUGGAUAUGCCACAUGUCAGGUGCAGAACAGGAAAGGGUCUGAUUCACACACUUCUCAUAGGAACUCCCUGUUUCCUCAGCUCUUAAAUUCUACCAAAAUGAAGCAUUCGUCAAAUUCUUUAAUUAAAUGAAUGAAGCAAAGUCCUGUCCCAAUGGAAUACUGACAAUAUCCUGGCUUGGUGUUGACUGUUGAAAUAUGCUCUCACGUGAGAUUAAGACAGGAAAACAACACAGUUACACAGAUGGCCUAAAUUGCUAAACAAAAGCAGUCUUUAUCCUAACCUGUUAAACGACUGCUCCAAGAUGGCAAACCCCAGCUCACUCUUGGUCACCGAUGGGGCAGUGCAGAGGCAGGUUGAAGAGGAUCAAUAUAUCCUCUAUGGCGUGGCUGAAGAGGAUGCGUGUGAGUUGGGGUUCACUAGGAAGUAUGACCUCAUCCCAUCCAUCGUCUGCUCAGUAUGCUUUCUGUUCGGCCUCAUCUACUGCUUUUUUGGAUACCGCUGCUUUAAGAUGGUCAUGUUUCUGUCCGGCUUCACGUUUGGGUCUGCACUAGUCUGCAUGUUGUACCAUAAGGAGCCUGUGCUGGACACCCAAUUGACUACAGAGACCAAAGCAGGCAUCCUCCUGGGAGUGGCUGUGCUCUGUGGCCUGGUGACUAUGCUGGUACAGACUGUGGGGUUCAUCAUUACUGGCCUACAUCUGGGGAGUCUGCUCACCCUUGCCAACCUGCUGGUUAUCGGACAGUUUUACAGCCUUACCCCCCUAUGGGCGCCUCUCGGUGCCCUCCUGGCCACGAGCACCUUUUGUGCCAUUCUCACACUGCAGUGGCAGAAACUAUUCACUGUGCUCUCCACGGCUGCAGUCGGUGCCGCUGUGGUGAUGGCGUGUGUGGACUUCUUCGUAGAGACGUCGCUGCUGGCUGGCCAUGCGUACGACAUCCUGUCUCAGGUUCCUCCUCGUUCCCUCUGCUGGUACAGCUUGGUUAUAACAGGUGUAUGUCCUCUAUUCAGUCUGAUGGGGGUGCUGGUGCAAUGGAUGCUCACUGCCAAAGGAGUGUCCCACACAGAAGUACCUGUCAGUGGCCGACAAAGACAGGUCCAACUGAUGCGAAUCAGACAAAGAGAUGCCCAGAGACGACCCCAGCAGGGCACUUACCGCCAUCGCAAGCCUCCAAUCCUAAAGCGCUAUGCUGGGGACGUCCUGGCCCCAAGUUACAUCCAAAGCAUUCGUGACCGCCAGAUGGGUACAGGCUCCUCUACCAACAGCAACAGCACAGUCAACCACUCCAUGAUUGACUUUGAGACAGGCUCCAUGGUGCCCCUGACUGCCUCCUCUCUAGUUUAUAGGGCCUGAGGGAUGACCACCAAAUAAUAGGCAUCUCCUCCCAGUUCCACUUAGGUGCCCUAUACCUCUCUCCAGCAGACCAUUCAUAGACUGUUUUUUGAGACGACAGAAUGAUUCUUGAGACAAAAUUCAAAAUACUAAAUCAAUCUGUUGUUUUGUUUAUUAUUGACAGUCUUAAGGUAUCAUACAGUCAAUCGUAAUAUAACACAUUGAUCCUUCUUCCAAUAAAUCAAAUUGCUUUAUUUUAGUCAGUUUGCUAAUAUACAUUUUUGUGAAGACAUCCAUUGUUAGUUGUAUGCAGUUUACAAGGGGGGAAUUAUACAUUUAGGGAUUUACAUACUUUACACACACAUAAAACAUUUUUGUAACUCGUGUUAUCAAAAUAAAUAAAAUCCUUAAAUGUUACUAUAUUUCACUGUAGCGGGUUAGGUGAUACAUUGGCUUGGCUAUACAGUAUGAAACUCCUGCCUACUUCCUGGAUCGUGUCACACUGUUUUUGAAUGGCCUUAAAGAUUAUAUCAUAACAUUUAUGAAGACGGUAAAUUCAAAUAAAUGUCAAAUUAUACUCGUAUUCGUGGAUGAAUUUACCAUAAGCCAUGAAUAUAAUUGUACAUACAGUUGAAGUCGGAAGUUUACAUACACUUAGGUUGGAGUCAUUAAAACUAGUUUUUCAACCACCCCACAAAUUUUUGAGAAGUCGGUUAGGACAUCUACUUUGAG